AUGAAAAUAGUCGAUGAUAAUGGAAAUCGAUGUGGUGCCAAUGUCGAUGGUGAAAUAUGCACAAAGACGAAGUAUAUGUUUAUUGAGUAUUUGAAUGAUCCAAAGACAACAGCAGCGUCUUUUGACAAUGAAGGCUUCUUUUUAACGGGAGACAUUGGUCAUUUUGAUGAAAAUGGAACAUUGCACAUUAGCGAUCGCAAAAAAAAUAUUUUCAAGAUAUUUUACUUUCGAGUUCCUUUUUCACCAUCUCAAAUUGAGAGCUAUCUUAUCACAUUGCCAGAUGUUCAAGAAGUUUGCAUUGUUGGAAUUACGACUGGUGCUGAUGAAGAAUUGCCAGCCGCUGUUAUCGUACGAAAUUCAAAUUCAUCCUUAAACGAACGAAGUUAUUAUGAAUUGGUUGCACAUGAAGUUUUGGGAAGUCUUAUACAAAAUACCAACGUAAAAGCACAACGGGGUCUUUUGGACCCCAAAGUAUUUUGUAUGGGAAAUGAUGUAUUCUGUAUGGGCCAAUAUGAAACUCAUGGAGAUUUUUUGACACAACAAUUUACAUUUCAUCAAACAACAACACA